AUGCCCGGUAGAAGGACACACAAAAGAAAUAAUCAUCCUGCCGAUUUUGCGGCGCCUCCACUUAACACUAUAUCGACUGGAUAUCCGUUUCAUGUCUCGCAGUUGCAACAAAUGCUUUACCCGGGCGCGGUUCAAAACGGGAUGUUUCAGUAUGUUUCCCAGACACCCCCGGUUCGAUAUGUUUUUACUCAGAGAAACUACUCAUCCGCCUUUGGGAAUGUGCCAGUAGAUCAUCCUCAAGGUAAUAGAACUACAUUUUCGAGCAGGAAUCAGAUGGACAGGAUGCGCCAUGAAAGCAGUCGUGGGAUGAUUGUGAAUCAGAAUCCUUUUCAAGAACAAAAUUCUGUCCCAGUCACGGCCGUAGCAAACUUAAAGGUAUCUAUUUGUAAUGAGGAAGGUGUCUGGACAAAAAAAAAUCUCUACGCCAUGGUGAAAGCCUUUGUAGAUGAUCCCAAUGCAGAAGAAAUGUCAUUUCCCCCAACUUUGUCUGCUGCGGAACGUCAUAUGGUACAUGAAAUUGCAUUAAAUUUUAAUUUACACCAUCGCUCAGCGGGAUGCAAAUCCGAACGCGUCUUAACCUUAAAAAAAAUUGGAAGCAUCAAAAAUCAAGAAAAAGAUCGAGAAAUUGCGGCUCUUAAUGGUGAUCGUGUAAAAACGAUUGAUGGAUAUCAAGGUGCUCAAAGGCUUCCUGAUGAAUAUAUAAAGUCAAGGAUGAAUGAAAUCAGUUUGCUGUUGGGUCCCUUUUUAAGAAAGAUGUAUAGUCAAUUGAAGGCAACAGCUGCGAAACCUCUCAGAAAUCGCCAUUUGGUUGUUGUACAACCAGGAUUAAAGAAAGCUCCUCAGGGAAAUGCCCAAAAUCAGAGGUACCGGGAAUUGCAGGAGUUUCGUAGAUCAUUACCUUCUUACAAGCGGAGAGAUGAAAUCAUUAAUGCUUUAAAACAAAACAAUGUCUUGAUUGUAAGUGGGGACACUGGAUGUGGUAAGACAACUCAAAUACCUUCAAUUUUGUACGAUUCUGAAGUCUUUCAAAAAGAUCUAGAAAUAUUU